AUGCCGUCGCUUGAACCGAACGGAACCUCCAGUCACCUCAAUGAGUUUGAGAAACUGUCGUGGCGGCCCUCUGUCCGCGAUUCAGGCUCCAAGAAGCGAGCACGAUGGCUUCAGGCUCGGCGCAUCUUCUCCCCAAACGGCCUCAACCUCCGGAUCCCCAACAGGUUCCUGAAAGAAGGACACUGCAUACCUUCUGCCCGCAGUGGACACCGCUGUGUUGCAGACAGCUCUAACUUGUAUGUGUUCGGAGGCUACAACCCCGACUUCGAGGAGGCGGGCGGGUCGGAGAAUGAGGACUACCCUCUCUUCAGGGAACUCUGGCGGUUUCAUUUCGCCACAGCCACCUGGCAGCAGAUCCGCACAGAGGGCUACAUGCCCACAGAGCUGGCGUCCAUGUCAGCUGUCUUGCAUGGCAACAACUUGCUUGUGUUUGGUGGCACCGGGAUUCCCUUCGGUGAAAACAACAGCAACGACGUCCACGUCUGCAACGUCCUGUACAAACGAUGGAACCUGCUGAACUGCAAGGGGAAGAAACCAAAUAAGAUCUAUGGACAGGCGAUGGUCAUUAUAAACGGCUACCUGUACGUGUUUGGAGGCACAACGGGCUACCUCUACAGCACAGACCUGCACCGGUUGGAUCUGAGCACCAGGGAGUGGACCCACCUCAAGCCCAAAAACACACCGUUAGAUCUACCUGAUGAGAGGUACAGACACGAGCUGGCUCAAGACGGACAGAGAAUAUACAUUUUAGGAGGUGGAACCUCAUGGAUGUCAUAUCCAUUAGAUAAAAUUCAUGCAUAUAACUUGGAGACUAAUUACUGGGAAGAAAUUGUAACCAAACCCCAUGAAAAAACAGGUUAUCCUGCUGCUCGCAGGUGUCACAGUUGCGUUCAGGUCAAAGACGACGUGUUUAUAUGUGGAGGUUAUAACGGCGAGCUCAUCCUGUCAGACUUGUGGAAGAUAAACCUUCAGACCUUUCAGUGGAUGAAGCUGCCCGCCGUGAUGCCGGAACCGGCCUACUUUCACUCAGCAGCUGUCACUCCGGCUGGCUGCAUGUACAUCCACGGCGGUGUUGUCAACAUGUCUGGGAACCAAAGGACUGCCUCUCUGUAUAAAGUGUGGCUGGUGGUGCCCAGUCUGCUGGAAAUGACCUGGGAGAAGCUGUUGAAAUUGUUCCCUCACCUAACGCAGCUGUCCACCCUUCAGCUGCUGAGCCUGGGACUGACACAUUCACUAAUUCAGAGGCUUAAAUAGGCUGAACACACAGACCAACCAAACGGAGAAGGAUGAAGACUGACACUAAAGUUGGUUGUAAGUAGGUCAAAGACGGCUUGGUGACGUUAGCUGGGAAAAUACUUUGUUUUUGUUGUCGUUCUUUUCUGUUAGAAAUUCAAAUGUCCAUCCAAGGCAGUGACUUGGUGCACAUGUAAAACUUAACUUGUAAUUUAAAACCUCUGUGCACAUUCCUUUCACAUGUCCCAGAAACGUGUAAAAUAUUAAGGUAAAUACAAAAAAAAAAAACAGUUCAAACAAACUAAAUAUGGCUGCAGGCAGUGUGAGUUAACAUUUUGCUGUCUUCUGCACCCAGCUGCAGUGCUGAAUCUGAUGAGAUUUCUCACUUGGACCACAUUUUCCAGCAGAUGAAAUCUGCAUCUGGUUUAUACGUACCUGGUUAGGAACCAAUUGUCGGUAAAUAAUUCUCGACUGAACACAAAUCUGAGAUGCCUUCAAAGAUGUCUAACUGGGGCAGUUGUUUAAGACGCUAUGAUGUGUUUUGCUAUUGAGCAUUUCAAACUGAAAAAUGAUCCAUUCAUUCGUAAUGUUUUGCUUCUGUGAUCAGAGGAAAACCCAGCAGCCUCUUUUUAAAGGCUCACUGUGAAACUUCUGGUGCCUCUACAACCAUUUCAUUGCCUCUGGGUUCCUACGCAGCUUCCAGUACAAAAGUCCGCACAUUUCCAGACUCAAAUUUCCAGAUUUUUCUGCUCAAUGCUUUGACAAUUACAAAGCAAAGCUUCAGUAGUGCAGUAAAGGGCUAUUCCACUACUUUUUAAGUAUCUAGACUAAUUUGGAUCUUUUGGGACUAAAUUAAUUCUUUAAAACACAAUGUGUGAACUUUUACACUUCAUUCUGUUAUGCCUAAACCAGGCCUACUUUAAAAACUUACUUUGUUUACUAAAACCCAUAAAAGUAGUGAAAAGGACCCUUUUUGAUUCUGUUUAUUUGCCUAUUUGAUAGCAACUCAAAAAUCAAAAUUUUUGAGUUGCACAUCAAAUGUCAGACUCAAUUAGUGAUGGGGAAAAUCUAAGAAAUAAAAUAAAGAUUUCAAUAAAUAUCUUGGCUUUUUUUUUUAAUUGUACUUUCUGAUAUUUUAAAAACUAGUAAAAAAAAAGUCUGGAAACUGAUUUUUUUUCUGUACUUAGUUUUCUGUUACAUUUUUCAGAUGUGGAAAUAGGAACCCAGUUUCUUGGUCGUGAAUUUGCACGACAUCCACCACAGUUCUCUGUUAUUUUCCUUUCUGCAUUUGGUGCCUUUUCAUCCCUCAAAUUGCAGAUUAUUCAAACUUUAUUUGUAUUUUUAGGAAGGAUAUGAACUUAUUUUGAACCACGGCGAUGGUUCUCCACACUUGAGCCUUCAGAUGCUGUUCCUGGUUCCUCAGGAGGAACUCCAGCAGACUUUACAGAAACUUUUUAAUUAUUUAUUUUAAACACUGUGCUGCUCAUUUCAUCAACUGGUGACGACAUGUCCUGUAUCGGUUGCCUCUUUUGUUCCUGACCCCAUUUCCAGUUUUUGCAUGGUAACAUGCUGUAACGUUUCUGUUCACUCUUUAGGUGGUGUUUGUAUCUUAAGCUGCUGUGUAAUUCUGCAGUUCUCGUCAGUGCGUGUGACGUACUCAGGAUAUUAAAAACUGUGAUAGGUGUGAAGUGCUCUGCAGACAAACCGAACGUAGGAAAACUUAAUUAGGCGAUACUGUGUUUAUGUUUCCAGACAGGCCUUUUUAUUUGUCACCAAAACUGUUACGGUUGAUGCUUUUGAAUUGUUUUAACCCCCCAUCCUCCUCUCUCUUUUUUUUUUUUUUGAGAUUUUGUGGCCUUAUUUAUGCUUGAAGCUCAAAUGUAUCAACCUGAUUAAGUUUUAAUUCUGUGAAAGUGAAAUCUUCUGCUUGCAUAUGGUCUGCAUGUCGCUGUGUACAGAAUCCUCUGGGGAACAAAUGGAUGUUUCCUCAGAGGAAAAUAUGGCUGCAUUGUUUUGUAAAUCUUGUUCUCUGGUCUGUGCAAACAAUAAAAACAGGCAGCUGU